AAGCAUUUGCUCAACUCACAGAAAACCCUCAAAUCCUCAGUUCGCCCAUCUUCUGUAUCAUGGCCUUCUUCAGCCAGAUCGCUGAUGCCUUCACACUGUGCUCCCAGCCGCCGGCCGAGCGCCCGGUCCGCACCACGGCAGAUCCGCCCAUGGCACCAGAGGAUGCCUUGAAGCUCUUGAAGGACGGCAACCGUCGCUUUGUGCGAGGCUGUCCCUGGGGUUCGGCGACCAAAGAUGCAGCUCGUCAGCAGCUGGUGGAUGAAGGCCAGGCACCCCACACUGCCAUCAUCGGCUGUGCAGAUUCGAGGGCACCGCUCGAGACGAUCUUUGAUGCCAUGCCAGGCGAUAUCUUCGUUCUGCGCAAUGCAGGAAACACAUGCACUCACGCCGAAGGCAGUAUGGUUGGAAGCCUGGAGUUUGCCACCGGCAAGUUGGGAAGUCGUCUUAUUCUGGUUCUCGGCCACACGAAGUGUGGUGCGAUUUAUGGUGCGACCAAGACAUACUUGGAUGCAGGUGGAGCAGGAAAGAAGGCUGGAUGUGCCUUGGAAGGCUUGCUCCAAGACCUUGGCUCUGUGGCACAAGUGGCCGCUGAAGAGAUGGGAGCUGGUGCAUCGUCCGAUGAGGUUGCAGCUCAUGCUGUGAAGGUCAACGUCUUCCACACCAUGAACUUCUUGCUGAAGUUCAGUCAGUCCAUUCGAGAGGGUGUGAGAAGUGGCCAGAUUGAGAUCCAAGGUGGCAUCUACCACCUCGAGACCGGCUCCGUGGAAUUCCUUGGAAAGUCUCCCGCCCAAAAGGAAUUGCUCGAGAGUGCCAUGCCUCUCCCGCCAUCCAUGGUUGUUCCGGGCGACGCUGAUCGUGGUGUGCACGGAGUGCGCACUGGUGCUGAUGAGCGAGUGCCAUCUGAUUUGGCAUUGAAGAUGCUGAAGGAUGGCAAUGAGCGAUUCGCCGUUGGUGCUGUGACAGCUAGCAAGACGUCUGGGGACAUGCGAAAGGCCUUGGUGAAGCACAACCAAGCCCCCCACAGUGCCAUCCUGGGUUGCGCCGACUCCCGAGUUCCGGUCGACACUGUAUUUGAUGCUAUGCCUGGAGAGCUUUUUGUUCUUAGGAACGCUGGCAACACCUGCACACACGCAGAAGGCAGUAUGGUUGGAUCUUUGGAAUUUUGCACCGGCAAGCUUGGCACUCGUUUGAUUCUUGUCUUGGGACAUACUCAAUGUGGAGCCAUUGCCGGUGCCACUGCCACCUACCAGAGUGGCGCCUCCCAAGCUCCAGGUUGUGCAUUGGAAGGUUUGUUGCAAGGCCUUGCUUCUGUUGCCAAAGAGACCAGCGAGGAGCUGGGUCCAAAUGCAUCGCAGGAUCAGUUAGUAUCCCACGCCGUGAAAGUGAAUGUCUUCAACUCCAUGAAUUUUCUGCUGAAGUUCAGCGAGCCUUUGCGGGAAUUGGUGCGGAAGGGUGAGUUGGACAUCCAGGGCGGCAUUUAUCAUUUGGACACGGGGCGCGUGCAAUUCCUGGGCCGCUCUCCUCGUCAGGCUGAACUCCUGGCUUCUCAGUUGUCACUGCCACCCUCCAUGGCUUUGGGAGCGAUCCGCACGCCCCAAGAUGGCACAUUGGAGCCCAAGCUCGCACUGAAGAACCUGAAGGAUGGCAAUGAGCGCUUCGUGGUGGGUGCUCCCAUUGCCAAGGUGCAUCCUAACAUGCGCGAGGCUUUGGCGACCAAGGGCCAAGCGCCACACACCGCCAUCGUUGGAUGCGCAGAUUCUCGUGUGCCCUUGGAGACCGUUUUUGAUGCAUUGCCUGGAGAUCUCUUCGUGCUGCGCAAUGCUGGGAACACCUGUACACAUGCAGAAGGCAGUAUCUUGGGCAGCCUUGAGUUUUGCACUGGGGCCCUGAAGACACAGCUCAUCUUCGUGCUGGGCCACACCAACUGCGGGGCCAUCAAGGGUGCCACGGCCGCCUACCUGGCAUCCAAGGAUGCGAAGCGGAAGAAGGCCUCUCAAGCGCUGGAGGUGCUAUUGAGCGAGUUGGGCUCGGUGGCGGCCGAGGCGCAAGCCCAGUGCGGAUCGAAGGCCACGGAAGAGGAGAUCGCUACAGCCGCAGUGAAGCUGAAUGUCUUGCACACCAUGAACUUCUUGUUGCAGUACAGCCAACCAAUCCGGGAGAAGGUGCGCAGCGGCGAGUUGGAGAUCCAGGGAGGGGUCUAUGACUUGAAGUCGGGGCGCGUGGAGUUCUUGGGUCAGAGCCCAAUGCAGUCCAAGUUGGUGAACUCCACGACCAAAGCUGCGCCAUCAUUGCAGCAAGCGAUUGGCGGAGCAUGAGCAAGAUCGCAACAUAGACGCUUUUGCCACGCUCGUCCAGGGGUUUUUCAGGCAUUUGAGACCAGGUUGAGCAAAAGGGACAAUUCACGAUCUGAGUCAGACUCAGAACAUUUUUCGAUCUUUUUCGAGUUGCAAUAGUUGAUUUCGCUGCACAAGAGAUUGCAGCUCCUGCAUCUUCCAGAGUGAAGGAAUUCUCAACUCGCCCUGAACCAUCGGCCCUUGUUCACCUUUUUGGUGGGUCAGUCGGUGGGGGAAUGUGGCGUUGAGGAGAACCAUGAAUUUGCUGAGCAUUAUUGAGCUGUUGGGGGGUCCCUGGUGCACAGACGCUAACACCCCUCAGCAACUGGAGACACCACGAAUCUCCAGAAACGCUUAGGCUGAGAGA